CUUGAACUAGUAUUUGGCUAACUAUAGAAUAUGACUCGAUCACUUUUGGCCAUCUCCAUUUAUGAUAUGGGUAAAAGUGGGUUCAUCUUGAUCUCAUCCAACCACGGUGAAAACUGAAAAACCCAGUAAAUUUCAGAUGGAUAAAUGUUAGUUAAAAAAAAAAAGGUGACGUGGUGGUAAGGAAGCACUAAUUCAGAACAGGGUACUAGGGUAAAUUUGAUUUUGAAGUUGCAGAAAGGUAAAUAAAGACGAAAUAAGAUAAAAGACAGUUGUGUUAAAGUGUGUGUGUGUGUGAGAGAGAGGAAAAGACGGAGGGACCUUAUCCAUUAAGAAGAAACCCCUCUUUAUAAAAGCAGAUCAAAACCUUCACUCUAACCCCUGAAUUCGAUCGGAAAAAACAACCCCUCAGUUCUUUUAAGGUAGUGAGAGAAAGUGAAAAACAUUUCAUUUUUUAGAGAGAGAAACUCUCAAAAAAACAACCUUCAAUUAAUCUAACAAUGGCUGCCUCGAAAAGUUACUUUGCCCGGGCCAAUUACCGAUUCCUCGAUGCCCCGUCUGGGAUGAAGUCCGACGGCAUCUUUGAGCUUGAUGAGUCAGAUGUCUGGAGCAGCGCCCGGUCGGCGUCGCCGGAAUUCCGUAAGCCGGCUUCAGGCUCGCGUAUUUCCUCAUCGAGGAAGUCGGCGACCAAGAUUGACCGCGGCGGAGGCGGUGGUGCUGUUGGUGGGACGGCGGCGUCGCUUCCGGUCAACGUGCCGGACUGGUCAAAGAUUCUGAAGGACGAGUAUCGGGAUAACCGGCGCAGGGGAAGCGACGACGACGAUGAUUUCGACGGCGACGAUGGGCAGGACGGCAGGGGAAAUCGGAUUCCGCCGCAUGAGUUUCUGGCGAGGCAGUUGGCGAGGACUAGAAUCGCUUCGUUCUCCGUGCACGAAGGUGUGGGGAGGACUUUGAAAGGCAGAGAUCUUAGUAGGGUCAGAAAUGCAAUUUGGGAAAAAACUGGGUUCGAAGAUUGAUAUUAGCUAGUAUUUUACAUUCUGGCCAUUAUAUUUUAUAUUUAAUAGUUUUACGUGCUUAUGGUUUUUUUUUUGGGGGGGUUAAUUUUCGGUCUCGGUUUUUUUUAUUGAUGACUGGGAGGAUAAUUAUUAUGAUGUGAAGCGGCUUGUUACUAUUAGUGAAUGUAACUUCUUUUAACUAAUUUUGAGUGAUAAAUCAAAAAAAUUGCGGAUUUUGAUUUUUUUUUUUUGAAUUUUAAUUUUUAGUCCUUUUUAUUUGUGGUUCUUAUAACAGUUUGACGAGAUAUUUUUGAACUACAAUGGCUCCAGAACUUUGUUGAUUUAUUUUAUAGCUGGAAAUUGGAAAAUGAAGAAAAUUUUAUUUUUUUGUUGCUAAAAAGUCAAAAUGAAAGUUGGUGUUUUGAUUAAGGGCAUUUUGAAUAUUAAAGAUUUAAUUUGGGGAUUUACAAACUCAAUCCUCCUGUUGUUGUUGUAUGCAAUUAUUCCUACAUUUCUUAAUUUAUAUUUCUCUAUUUUGUCACUAUGUGUAGGUUGAGUUUUAGGUUAGAUCAUCUUUUAUUAGAACUUUAUUCCUUUUCUUUUCCUUUUCUUUUUGGGUUUUGGAAGGACUAAAAGCAGG